AUGGGGCGAAUCACUUGCGAGCACCUGCCGCAUCCGUGGAUAACCCCAAGGCGCGAGAGCCUGCGCGCCGGCACUCCAGCCCGUCUUCCGGCCGUGGACUGGACUGUCACCAGCGCCGACGGUGACCUCUCCAUCAACCCCUGCGCCCCGCUGAAGCAGUCUGUCUGCGACAGCUCCAGCUACGCCUGCCUCAACCAGGGCAGCUACUUCACCAACUAUGCUAGCCAGUACGGGUCCAGCAAGUCCAACCCGGAGGACACCAUUGUCACCAUCAACCUCAACCAGGGUGACUACUGCAUGCUCAACAAUCCCUACAAUGUGGAUGUCAUCUUCACCUGUGGCUCUGGCGAGGGCACCCCCGUCCCCGUGGGUCACUCCGAUUCCGACCCCUGCAAGUAUGUUGUCACCUGGUCGACCAAGUAUGCCUGCGCUGGCAAGAGCUCCAGCGGCGGCAUCUCCGGCGGUGGCGUCUUCCUGAUCAUCUUCUUCGUCACCCUCAUCCUCUACUUCUCUAUUGGUGCUUUCUACAACUACAAGUUCCGCGGCCUGCAGGGCAUUGAGAUCCUUCCCAACUCCGAGUUCUGGAUGUCGCUGCCCAGCUACAUCAAGGAUGGCUGCCGCUUCACCUACCAGAAGAUCAUGGGUCUCUUCGGCGGCAGCUCCAGCUCCGGCGGCCAUGAGUCCUUCUAA